CACACUUUCUCCUUUAAAGUCACCAGAAAAAGCGGCUUAUCCUUCGGAGACAGACCCCUUCUCAGGAAGCAUAUAUUGCCUUCAAAUUAAGUGAAAACUAAUUCAUUGUCAACUUGCUAGCUCUCUCUCUUUCAGUUUCACUCGUUUUCUGAAUCCGCUCUAGUUAGGUUUUACUAUUCGCAGAUUGGAGCUCUCUCUCUUCUUCCUUUUAGAAAGCAGCUCUCUACUUUUGCAUUUCUGGGUUUCGUUUGUUUUGGUUUAUAGUUCAUUAAUUCUUACUGUAAGCUCUUUCUGCCACAAAAUUUUAAGCUUGGAGCUUGUGGAUUGAAGAGGAAGAGAGAAAGACAUGGAUGAUAGAAAUGAUGUUGAUAAGAUAGACGAAGUGAUGUUGCCAGGGUUUAGGUUUCACCCAACGGAUGAGGAGCUUGUUGGGUUUUAUCUGAAGAGGAAGAUUCAACAGCGGCCUCUCUCGAUCGAACCUAUUAUUAUAAAGCAACUAGACAUCUACAAAUACGAUCCAUGGGAUCUUCCAAAGUUGGCAACUACUGGAGAAAAGGAGUGGUAUUUCUACUGCCCAAGGGACAGAAAAUAUAGAAAUAGCGCAAGGCCGAAUAGGGUUACAGUAGCUGGGUUUUGGAAAGCCACGGGAACCGAUAGGCCUAUAUACUCCUCAGAAGGGAACAAGUGCAUAGGCUUGAAGAAAUCCCUUGUUUUCUACAAAGGUAGAGCUGCCAAAGGGAUCAAAACCGAUUGGAUGAUGCAUGAGUUUCGGUUGCCUUCUCUCACUGACUCCGUACAGGCCCGGAGAUUCAUCGACAAAGCUAUUCCUGCCAAUGACUCAUGGGCAAUAUGCAGGAUAUUCAAGAAAACCAAUUCCACAGCACAAAGGGCUCUUUCGCAUUCUUGGGUUUCUCCAUUACCUGAACCUUCUGCUUUUUCUUUACUUGCCAAAGGCUCACAAACUAGUAGUCAUGAAGACAUGCCACUCACUACAGAAACCAGCUCAGGCAUCCAGUUGAACUAUAACAAUCAUGAGAUACAAGCUUAUCAAAAAAAUCAUGAGAUACAACAUUCAUCUGUUACUUUCUCUCCUUCAGAUUUUUCCACCUACAAGCCAAUGAAUAAUAAUGAUAAUAAUCCAUUGCCAAGCAAGCCCUCUCAGCUUCCCAUUUCAAACGGAGACCUGACAGGGAAUUUUUUCUUUUCACCCCUUGAGACAUUAGCUCCUGCAGCAAAAUGCACGGUUGACGUUUCUUCAGUGCUGUUAAACAUGUCUUCCUCAAUGUUUGGAGAUUUUGGUGAUAAUCAUAAGGUGGCCACUGAGAGUAGCACAAACUUUGCUGGACCUCAAGAACAUUGGAAUGGCUUCUCAUUAACUUGUUUGCCACAAGUAACGCAAGUGAAUGCUGGUGAUAAUGCAUCAAUAAAGAAUCCGCACGCGACGCAUUUCGAUGAUCAGUGGGAGACAGUUCGUUCCAUUGGAUUUCCCUUCAGUUUGCCUGUGAGUGUAGGUGAUGCUUGGAAGCCAAACUUGCUUUGGGAUUCUUCCUCAUGUACUAGUGAGAAGUCCACAAGUUUUGCCACAGCUAAUUGCCACAGCUACUAGUUUUUUUGUUGGGAAAAAAAAAAAAGAAAAGAAAUUAUUUCAUUUACAUUAACACAGAAUUUUGUUGCCUAACU